AUGAGUGGUUCCUGCCGGGGUGCCGUCAAGCCCCUCGUCAGCGAUCCUCUCCUUUUUUUCCUGGAGGUCCAUGACGAGCUCACCAGGUCUUGGCGCGCCCCAUACUCUGCACGUCUCCGUACUUCCGCUUCAACCACCCUCACUUCGGUGGACGGCGCUGAAGAUAAGGGGUACGAGAAGCUGCCUCCACUGGAUGAGUCAGUGGCCGCGCAUCUCUGCCUGCCCACUGCUAUUGGCUGGAAGCCAAAGGCUGCCCAUCUGUCCAAGCCUUGUAAAUCCCAUCUGGCCAUUGUCCAAAGAGUGAAUAAUGAAGGAGAGGGAGACCCAUUCUAUGAGGUUCUGGGCAUCGUCACGCUAGAAGACGUCAUUGAGGAAAUCAUCAAAUCUGAGAUUCUUGAUGAGACUGACUUGUACACUGACAACAAGACGAAAAAGAGGAUAGCUCACAGAGAGAGGAAACAGGACUUCUCUGCUUUCAAACCCACAGAUAAUGAGUUGAGCGUGAAAAUAUCACCACAGCUUCUUCUGGCCGCACUGCGUUUCCUGGCAACUGAGGUGGAGUCCUUUAGUACGGCUCAAAUGUCAGAGAAAAUCCUCCUGCGCUUGCUGAAACAUCCUAACGUCAUCCAGGAGCUCAAAUAUGAUGACAAGAACAAGAAAAUGUCAGAGCACUACCUCUUUCACCGCAACAAGCCUGUGGACUACUUCAUCCUCAUCUUGCAGGGGAAGGUGGAGGUUGAGGCUGGAAAGGAGGGGAUGAAGUUUGAAGCUGCUGCCUUCUCUUUUUAUGGAGUGCUGGCUUUAACCUCUUCACCAGUUCCUCUCUCCUUGUCUCGAACCUUUGUUGUGAGCAGGGCAGAAUCGCUGGCAGGAUCUCCAGAAAAUAAGUCACCUCCACGACCGUUCGGACUCAACCACUCGGACUCCCUGAACAGGAGUGACCGGAUGGAGGCGGUCACUCCCACGCUGGGCAGCAGCAACAACCAGCUCAACUCCUUCCUUCAGGUCUACGUGCCAGACUACUCCGUGAGAGCCACCUCUGACCUGCUCUACAUCAAGGUGACCCGCCAGCAAUAUCAGAACGCCCUUAUGGCAUCUCGCAUGGACAAGACGCCCCAGUCCACAGACAGCGAGUUCACCAAGAUCGAGCUGACCUUCACAGAGCAUCAGGAUGGACCGUUGGACGAGUCGGCCACUCUUUUGACCACCAACGCACACAAACCCAACCACACCGCUCACAACGACGGGGCAAUUUAACCACCUUCAGCGAAGAGAGAUGGCAAAAGAGCGCAAACGGCUCCGUUAGCCUCUCCCUUGUCACGUACUGAGCGAGAGGCCUUCUUGUACACUGGGGAGCUUCACUUCCUCUCAUCACGGUCGAUUUCAAAGGGGAACGUACGCAAAGACUACAAUGUGAAGGGCCGCAUAUCCCACAAUGCAUGCACUAAUGACCUUAACACCUUUUGUAGGCAGCGGAUCAGUCAGGGACCACCACAUCAUUCUCGCUCGCUCAUUCGAUCGAGGACAGACACACUUGAAAUACACACUUUCACUUCGAAGGAGCAAGGUGACGACCCACACCACACCUUGACCAGACACGAUACCAGAAGGACAAAGAAAUAACGGUGCCUUUAGACAGCGCUCGGUUACUGUCAACAAAGGAGGCCCCCGAGGGGCCCGGGCCACACGGAGCUCUCCAAAAUCUUCCAUUUGACCCAGGAAGUCUGAGCAGAUGCAGCCACAGAUGAGAUCUCAGCGACCGGGAGGCUUGUAAACAUGGAGAUCAAUAUCCCCAAGCCCUUCGAGAAAAGCCAGAAUACAUCUCAGCCUAUCAGAAGAGGCCUCACGACCAAAGACAUUUGACAUAGACAGGAUAAAACAGGCAGCAUAAUUGUGGGUCCUUUGCGAGAAUUUGUUACAAAAACAGCAGCCUCGGACACGACACGCAUAAGCAGGCAAAAUGGCGUUUGUCUGGACUGUGCCAAAUAACACCGCCAACGAUUUCAGUGAUUUCUCCUGCCCAGGUUAACUUCACGCGCAGAUGUGCUACGUACAGCAUUCACAGUACAAAGAAAUCAAAUGUGUUUACAUAUAAGGGCCUUUUUCAUCUAUAUAUAUAUAUAUAUAGAGAGAGAGAGAGAUAGAGAUUUUUUACGUCAAUCCUGAUUGUGCUGAGGUACAGCGUCACCUAUUUUAAGGUGAAUAGAGUAUACGUCUCAUGACUGGUUCCAUUUUUACGUACGUCGGACCACUCUUUAUUAAUGAUACAUUUUUGAUUUUCAGUGCUUUUGUUGUAAUCACGUAACUCUUAAUUUUUAAAAGAAACAUUUUGUAUGUCACAACUACCUUUCUUCAGAUAGUUGCUAGCUGCGUUUAGGACCUCAAAGACACUAUUUCAGCAACUUACACUGUAACUUAUAUCUUAUCUUCCAGAUUCCACUAUUGCUCUUUUAUCUUAUUAUUUUUUGAAAAGCUAUUCAUGUAGGACUCGAUGUCAUGGGAUUGUAAAAGAGGUACUUGAUGAUUUACUGAAUUUAAAACAGAUGAAAAAGAAAAAUAAUUCAGCAUUAAUGUAUUUAUUUGGUUUAGGAUUACAUUAACGCUCUUGUUACAAAGGGGAACGAAUCUCUGGCUGAUGUUUUUAUCCGCUGACUGUUUUUGUUUUUUAUCAGAACCUCCUGAGACGCUCCUGUCAGAUGCGUAAAGCCGCUGGAUAUCAGGACAUUCACGUCUCAAGUGUUUAUGUAGCAACCUCUCAGUGCAAUAGUGCAACAGCUAUGCAGGGACAAUCAUGACCAAUUAAUGUGCUCACAGGUAGGACAAAAUAUCCGAAAGUAAACUAGCAGAAUUUAAUGUAAUGAGACUGAGAGGUAGAGUAAAUCUGUUAGAUUAACAACUACUGUUAAGGGGCUUGAGAUGUGAAAUAGUGAUUGUUGAACACUAACAAAGUCUUCGGUCAGCAUUCCUGUUCUUCUGUUACAUCGACCACUUAUUCCAGUUUUUUCACAUUGUGUUAAAGAGGAACGCCUGUUCUUUUCACUUAAAGCAUUUGGUGAUGUCCUACAGAUCAGAUCAGUGUUUUCACGUUGGAUCGCCUGCCUUAGAAAAGAGGAAACAUCUUCAGAAAUGUGGUGCUCUAACAUGCGGUUUGAGUCUGUCAUACACUGCUGCUAUUUUCAAUCUUGAAUGUG